AUAUAUUAUUAAAAGCUCUAACAAUAGGAAAUGAUUAAAAAAAGUGUAAAAUAUGAUAAUGGAGAUUCAUAUGAUGGAGAUUGGGUUGAUGGUAAAAGGCAUGGAAAAGGUAAAUAUAAAUGGGCUAGUGGAAAUUCAUAUGAUGGAGAUUGGGUUGAUGAUAAAAUGCAUGGAAAGGGUAAAUAUAAAUGGGCUAAUGGAAAUUCAUAUGAUGGAGAUUGGGUUGAUGGUAAAAGGCAUGGAAAAGGUAAAUAUAAAUGGGCUAAUGGAAAUUCAUAUGAUGGAGAUUGGGUAAAUGAUAACAGAACUGGAAAGGGUGAAUAUAAAUGGGCUAAUGGAAACUCAUAUGAUGGAGAUUGGGUUGAUGAUAAAAGGCAUGGAAAAGGUAAAUAUAAAUGGGCUAAUGGAAAUUCAUAUGAUGGAGAUUGGGUUGAUGAUAAAAGGCAUGGAAAAGGUAAAUAUAAAUGGGCUAAUGGAAAUUCAUAUGAUGGAGAUUGGGUAAAUGAUAACAGAACUGGAAAGGGUGAAUUUAAAUGGGCUGAUGGAGAUAUAUAUUAUGGAGAUUGGGUAAAUGGCAAAAGGCAUGGAUAAGGGGAAUAUAAAUCUGCCAAUGGUGAAAAAUAUAAUGGUAAAUGGGUCUUAGAUGAAAGAAUGUGAAUUUUUAAGUUAAAUUAUAAGUCCAUAUUAUAAAAAA